CGGUAGCGUCACACAUGAGCAACAUGGCCCCCGGUAGCCGGGCCGCCGCGGUGCUCGUUCUCUCACUGCUGUGCCUGAGCCGCGCCUCCGUCUCCACCGAGCACUUCUCUGCGCUGACGCUGUUCAACAACGAGCUCCACCGGCAGGGCUGCAGCUCGCUGUCCGAGUGGGAGGAGUACGCCUCCGACUGCGAGUCAUCAAUUUUACAGUUAGAAGACCCAGACUGUGAGGAAGGAAGCAACCCGCCCUGCGAGUCGGUCUUCUCACUUAAUGCCGAGAAAAUCCUGAACCAGGCCAAGUUAUUUAUAGAGCAGAAAAAAAUCCCCUUUCCUGUAGUGAACCACAACACAAAUGAAGAACUUGCUAUAGGCUACGUGUUGAUCGGCAACGGUCUUUAUGAUGAAGCCAUCAAACAUUUCUCCCUCCUACUACAGGGUGACCCGGAGCUGGUCAGUGCCAUUUAUGGGAGAGGGAUAGCUUAUGGAAAGAAAAGUCUACAGGACAUAAAGAAUGCUGACUUGGCUUUGUUCGAGCUCAACAGAGUCAUCACGCUGGAGCCAAACUGGCCAGAAGUCUACGAGCAGAGAGCCGAGAUCCUGUCUCCUCUGGGUCGGAUCAGUGAGGCCCUGGGGGAUCUGACCAAAGCCAUCCAGCUGCAGCCGUCCGCUCGACUCUACAGACACAGAGGAACGCUGCUGUUCAUUUCAGAGGACUACGUGGCAGCUAUGGAGGACUUCCAGCAGUCCUUAGAGCUGAAGAAGAAUCAGCCCAUCGCCAUGCUCUAUAAGGGCCUCACCUUCUUCCACAGAGGCAUGCUCAAGGAAGCCAUAGAGACGUUCAAGGAGGCCCUGAAGUUCAAGCCUGACUUCAUAGAUGCCUAUAAGAGCCUAGGACAGGCCUACAGGGAGCUGGGGGAUUUUGAGUCGGCUAUGGAGAGUUUCCAGAAAGCCCUCAUGUUGAACCAGAACCACAUCCAGUCUCUCCAGCUCCGAGGCAUGAUGCUCUACCACCACGGCUCCCUGCAGGAGGCCAUAGGCAACUUCAAGAGGUGUCUUCAGUUGGAGCCCUACAACGAGGUGUGUCAGUACAUGAAGGGGUUGAGUCACGUGGCCAUGGGGCAGUUCUACGAGGGCAUCAAAGCUCAGACUAAAGUCAUGUUGAACGAUCCUCUGCUGGGACAGAAGGCCAGCUCCGAAUACCUCAAAGUCAAAUACCUCAGAGAGUACUCUCGCUACCUGCACUCCCACCUGGACAUCCCAGUGGCCGAAUACAACGUGGACCAGGAUUUACCAGGAAACUUCAAGAACCACUGGGCCAAGAAUCUGCCUUUUCUAAUAGAAGACUACGAAGAGCAGCCUGGCCUGCAACCACAUAUCAAGGACGUGCUGCCGCAGAACUUUGACAGCUACAGCAGUGAAGUUCAGAAGCUGAUUUGCGCGGCCGACCAUCUGGGGGCGCUCAUGCAAUAUGACACUCCUGGUUUCCUACCGAACAGGCGGAUACACAGAGCCAUGGGUUUAGCUACGCUGGAGGUCAUGCAGGCCAUGCAUCGAACAUGGAGCAACUCCAAAGUGCGAAUCAACGGCAAGACCAGGCAGAUGCAGUGGAGAGACAUGUUCGAUAUAGCUGUUAAAUGGAGAAGGAUUGCAGAUCCAGACCAGCCGGUUCUGUGGUUAGACCAGAUGCCUGCCAGGAGUCUCAGUCGAGGCUUCAACAAUCAUAUCAACCUCAUCAGGGGACAGAUUAUCAACAUCCGAUACCUGGCUUACUUCGACAACAUCCUGGACUUUAUCAAAGACAGAAUACUUGUGUACCACGGGGCGUACAACCCCCGCGGUUUACUAGAAGUCCGACAGGCUCUUGAAAACGUCAAUAAAGUAGAAGAUCUUCUGCCCAUAAUGAAGCAGUUCAACAGUAAAACCAGAGAUGGCUUCACAGUCAACUCCAAGGUUCCGAGCAUGAAGGAUGCUGGGAAGGAGUACGACGGUUUUACCAUCACCAUCACUGGAGACAGGGUGGGCAACAUGUUGUUCUCAGUGGAGACGCAGACGACAGAGGAGCGGACCCAGCAGUACCAGUCAGAGAUCGAGUCAAUCUAUAAAGACCUCACAGCCAAAGGGAAAGCUCUGAUGCUGUCCACAGAACUCGGGGAUGCAGACGCCUUGUGUAACCUGAUCCUCUCCUUGGUCUAUUACUUCUGCAACCUCAUGCCCCUCUCCAGAGGAUCCAGUGUGGUGGCGUACUCCGUGGUGAUGGGGGCGCUGAUGGCCAGUGGGAAGGAGGUCGUCGGUCGGAUCCCUAAAGGAAAGCUGGUGGAUUUUGAAGCUAUGACCACACCGAGUCCAGAGAGCUUCAGUAAAACAGCAAAGAUCUGGAUGAAUCUUAAAAGUUUACCGGGCUGGUACCAGAGUCUUCCAUCGGUAGCGGAGACGUUUGCGUCGACCAGGACGAUGAUCGAGGUUCUAAACACAGACUCGUCUUCACACUGUCCGAAGAAGUCUUAACACGACUUCUCCACAGGAGACGGGUCUGUUGGAUGAAGUCUUAAUGAUGGAGCUUCUACACUGGGCAGAACAACGUGAUCUUCUUUCUUCUCCUUCUUCUUCUCCCCAAACUGAACCGGACUAAGAUCAGAGUCUGUGACCCGACAAAGCACCCACCGUUAUUUGGUUUUUCAAAUUAAAACCACGAGUAGUUUCAUUUCGGUUUCCAAACACACUCCUGCUUUGAUCUCUGUCAUCUGUCCUGAAACGCUUCCUCGCACACGACUCCUAUCGUCACAGUUGGAAAGUUUAUUUCUCCUUUUGAAUGCAUCGUAGAGAAAUGUUAAAAAGCAGUUUACUAUUAUUAUCUUUAAUUCUAUUUUAAUCACCACCACAGUAAACAGCAAAGAGCCACAGUUAGUGAGACGUUUCCUCAAUUAGUCAAUUAAACAUCUUGGGCUGGAAUGAACAAAAUAUGUACCGCUUUUCAAAGUACAUAUUUUCAUAGAGUUCAAUAAUUGUUCAGUUUUAACGAGUAGUUAAAUAUUUGGCGUCUUUCAUAACGAUACUUUGAGUUUGACCCCUUGUUUCCACACAGUUAGUGAGACAUGACAGAGAUCAUUGCAGCAGGAUGUGUCAGCAAGCAACCCUGUAACCUUAUUCUCUCUCUCUCAUUCUCUCUCUUUCUUUCUUUCUUGCUGUCUCUCUCUCGCUCUCUCUCUUUGCGUCACCGGCCUCACGUUCAAAGCACAAAACUCAUCAGCAUGACCAAUCUGUCAUCGAACAGACAAAGUCUCUAGUUUUAGUUCACCAUGAAUGUUACAUUUUAUCUUCAUGUCUGGAGAUUUAAGUUUGGAAUCGACAGCGUUAUGUAUUAAAGUUUAUAUUUAACAUCGAAGUUCGUAAUUGGCACUUUAAACUUCUUCCAUGUUAAACUGCUGCUGUGCUCCGGCCCCGACAGCAGAGAAGGAGCUGAGGGAUUUUAACGAUAUGAAACCGAACCUGAAUUCUACUUUGGAACCUUGAAGCAGUUUCUCUUUUUAAUUUAUUUCCUCAACGAAGGCAGGAAGUGUCACUUCUCUUUUCGGGGCCUGAACCCUUUAUUUCUUCUAACGUGACCCAUGACGGUUUGUUUUAAAGAAGAGUUGCUGACAUGAAACAAGAGGGACAGUCAGAGAUUUUAGAGAUACAGAAAUUAGAAACAAAAACCUAAAUUGACAAUCGAUAAUUUGGUAAUUUAUAGACAUAUCUAUCACUUAACUUUCAUAAUUAACUAGUAAAUCAUGGUAUGAUCGGCUGCAACUUUUAUUCAACUUUUCCUCUGUUUAAAAUGGAUGAAAAUAAAAGCAAUUCAUUCAAUAUUAGUGUCGUUCUAAAGUUUCUUCUACACAAAUUAACAUUUACUUUUAUUAAAUUGUAAUGUCACCUUUAAAAUAUAAUGAGUGAUCAUUGAAACUGAAGUAGAAGCUACAAAAUAAGAGCUCCUGAAUGUUCCCUGAUAUCUCUGACUGUUUUAUCUUGAUGAGGAUUAAUAACAGGUGAAAUAGAAAAGCACACAACAACUGUUUACUGUUAUUUCCUUUGCGAUCGUCCCUUAAACCUGCGUUGAGUGACAUCUCAUGAGUUUUACAUGUUCUUGGAAUAGCACUGGAGUUGUUUUAUGAAGAGAUGAUUUUAUCUGAAUCAUGAGGCUAAAUGCGGCUGCUGUCUCGUAUUCCAACGACUCGUCAAUCUGAGUUCAAGCACAAGCAAAAUGUCAACAGGUCAUUUAAUAGCAUCGAGUCCCUCGAACAAAAUCCAGUUCAUUUCUUAUUUAAACGUUUUCGAUUCAGAGGCCUUUAACGUAUCAUCCCUGAAUGUGUUCAGUUCAGUCAUCUUCUCAUCCGGUCUGUUCAUUUCCUGCCUCACUGACAGUGGAUGGCUGACACCGGUUCUGCUCUGGGUCACGUUUUCUUUUUUCAUAUCGAUGAUUGUUCUGUUUUUUUUAAACAUUCAUUUUGUCUUUGCUCCGGCUGCUCCGGUGGCGAGUCUCUGCAGAGCGACGACUCCACAGCCGAAAAUGUCAAAGCCUCAAACUGGAAGGAGGGAAUUUCGUUUUCAAUGAAUGAGUGAACGAAUGUUUAGUCAAUAAAACUGGUUGACAAUUUUA